GAGACCUACCUACCUAGCUAGCUAAACUGCAGGCAGGUCUCUGCUGAUCGAUGAUAAUGGCGAGGCGCGGCAGGUCCCUUGCUGCUGCUGGCUGCAACCUGGUGCUGGUGGCGCUCCUGGUGUGCGCCGGCGUGGCCUCGGCAGCGGGGCAAGCAGGAGGGACGCCGCAGCCGAGGCCGUCGGGGCGGCUUCCCCCGCGCAACUCCAAGUUCGUGACCCUGACACCCAAGGCGUUCGGGCACAAGCGCAACUACCAGGUGUCCUGCUCCGACGAGGGCGGCCCGGACUGCUACGUCGGAUGCCCAAAGGAAUGCCCCAACAAGUGCCUCGUCUUCUGCGCAUACUGCCUCAGCUUCUGCAUGUGCGACAUCUUCCCCGGCACCUCCUGCGGCGACCCUCGCUUCACCGGCGGCGACGGCAACACCUUCUACUUCCACGGCAAGAAGGACCAGAACUUCUGCAUCGUCUCCGACGCCGACCUCCACAUCAACGCCCACUUCAUCGGCAACCACAACCCGGACCUGAAGCGCGACUUCACGUGGGUGCAGGCCCUGGGCAUCACCUUCGGCGCCGGCCACCGCCUCUACAUUGGCGCCCGCAGGGCCGUCGAGUGGGAUGAGGACGAGGACCACGUCCAGAUCACCUUCGAUGCGGAACCUGUCGACAUCGACGCCGUCAAGAAGGCCCGCUGGGUGUCCAAGGCCCUGCCCGGCCUCUCCGUCAUGCGCAUGGACACCGUCAACACCGUUAUGGUGGAGCUGGACGGCGUCUUCAGCAUCUCGGCCAACGCCGUGCCCAUCACCGACAAGGACAAUCGGAUCCACAAGUACGGCAGGACGGAGGGCGACAGCCUGGUGCACCUGGACCUGGGCUUCCAGUUCCACAACCUCACCAAGGACGUCGACGGCGUGCUCGGGCAGACCUACCGCCCUGGCUACGUCAGCAAGGUGGACAUCAAGGCGAAGAUGCCCAUCAUGGGCGGCGCACCAAAGUACCUCUCCAAGGAUGGUCUCUUCUCCACGGACUGCGCCGUCUCUAGAUUCCGCCGGACCGCCGGCAACGGCGUCACCACAUUCGCCUACUAAUAAAUUAACACGCACAUAUACAUACAUACAUACAUACAUACAUACAUACAUAUAAAUGGCGGGCCGCCGCCGCCGACCCGUGCCAUGCACAGGGAAUAAUAAUUAAGCCAAAA